AUGUCUGACCCAGAACCUCGUCGAUCCGUGCGCAGCACCAAGGGCCAGCACAAAGCUCUCGAUCAGCUCGAACAAUCGCUCGAACCGAAACGACGCGGAAAGAAGGGGAAGAAGUCCGAGGAAAAGCAGGAAGAACCGGAAGAAGAGGUCAUCCGCUGCGUCUGCGGUGCCACCGAACAAGAUGAAGACUCCGGCGAACCGUGGAUCGCAUGCGAUACCUGCGGCGCAUGGCAGCAUAACGUUUGCAUGGGCAUGAGCCAGUACACCGAAGAUUUACCUAAGGAGUAUUUCUGCGAGAUCUGCAAGCCCGAGGACCACAAGGAGCUGCUCGAGGGCAUGGCCAAGGGCGAAAAGCCUUGGGAGGCCCGACGCAAAGCAUAUGAAGAAGAGGAAGCGCGCGGGAAAAAGAAGAAGGGGGGCAGGAAGGCCAAGGGCAAGCGGCAUAGCGACCAAAAGGAGGACACUCCUCAGGCGACCCAGAAGCCCAAGAAGACACCCCCGCCAGAGAUCAAAAAGGAGACCAAGUCUGCUGCUGGUGCCAAGCGCAAAUCCAGAGGUCCUUCCGAGGAUGUAGAUGUGAAGCAGGGAUCUCAGAAACUACGCAAGGUCUCCGAGAAUGCAGCAGUUCCAGUGCCAGUCGCGUACGACCCUCCAAGCGAUCUCCCGGACAGGAUCGCCGAGCUGCCAGACACACGUCAAGGUCCUGCAAAGCUGAUCUUGAAGUCCAUGGUGCACGCGGUCGGCAUUGCAGAAAAGAAAUCGAGCCUUGUUCCAGACGAUGGGGUCUCGGUCGAGGCAAGGGCGGAACGGUUCACACUCCAGAUUGAGCGGGCUGUCAGCGAUUCGCACCCCAAUCACAAGGAGUAUGCAGCUCAAAUUCGGAGCCUGGCCUUCAAUCUCAAACAGAACCAGGACUUGUGCAACCGGCUACUGUCCAAGACGCUUACUCCCCCGAUGCUCGCUGUGAUGACAAGCGAUGAUCUUGCCUCCAAAGAGCUACAGCGAGAGACUGCGGAGAUGCGAGCCCGGGCUGAGAAGCAAAGCAUCCUCAUCACGGAAGACGGCCCGCCGCGUGUGCGACGGACGCACAAGGGCGAGGAGUUGGUCGAGACAGAUGACACAGUUGCGACAACGGAGGAGAGGCCCGCUCUCUCACGGCGUCAGACAGCAGCAGCCAAGGCUCGCGAGAAAGAGGCCUCCUCAGCAGCGGCCGAGGCACCAGGUGCACCAAGUCAGGCAAAGGCGUCACCAAAAGAAGGUCUUCACAUCGAUACGCAAGGGUCGCCGAAGCAUGAGUUCGACAUCAACAAAGUCUUCUCCAGCGUGCGAUCCCCGAGCACAACCCAGCCGCGACGCCCAUCGCAACCCGUGCCACCAUCGGCAGGCCCCGGAGAUGACCCCGACGUUGACCGCCUACUGGAGGACGAUCGGGAGGAAUCUCCUCCUUAUUCACCGACCGAAGAGUCGGACCCUGACGUGAUCUGGAGAGGGAACCUGGUGAUGAAUUCGGUCGCCAACUUCCAGGCCACAGCCAAACACGUUGGUGGUGUCAACUUGAACAAGUCGAUCGGUCUGCCGUGGACGACGCUCAUCCCCAAAAGACUGCUUGUCGCAGGCCGCAUUGACGAACAGAAGGCCACGGAGUAUCUCUGCAGCUUGCGGUAUAGCACGCCAACAGAUGUGGUCGUGGUAGCCGUGUCUCCCUCAAACGAGGCGGCCAAAGCCGACUUCUACAACUUGAUCGACUACUUCGUCUCCAAGAAGCGCUACGGUGUCGUCGGCGAUAAGGGCGUUGGCAAUGUCAGAGAUACAUAUCUUGUUCCAGUUCUUCCAGGCCAUGGAAACCACCCCGAGUUCAUGAUGAACCUGGAGGAUAACUUCCUGCCCCAAGUCCGCAGCGAGCCCACUCUACUGGUGGUAUUCGUCUACCGAAAUGACCCAGCAGUCAUGGAAAAGCUUCACGGCCCGAACUGGGCUGGCCAGCCGCAAGCCUCACAGUCUCCGGCUGCUAACACGCCUACGCCUGUCCCUGUCCCAGCCGGGUAUGCCCAGCGCAACCCUUCAAUUUCGGCGCCUGCCUUUUCACCGGCCUCACCUCAGGGCGCGUUUCCCCCGCCUCAGCAGGCUACGCCGACACCUAUCCAGACCCAAACCCCUAUCCAGCCCGCACCAGUUGCUCGCCCACCGCCGCCGCCACCACCAGCUGCUGGCGCCACUGCUGCUACGGCGGCCCCACCGGCAGCGGUGCGUCAUCCCAGCCAGGCGGCGGAAGCAGCUCGCGAGGCAGCGCAGAGAGAAGGCGAGGCGACGGCUAGGAACAUACUCGGCCCUUUCUUCAACUGCCCCACGGCGGGCUUCCUGAUGGCUCAGGCUCAUAACAUGCAGCCGAACCAGUGGAAUUUGAUCAGGGACAUCUACGAGAGAGAGCCGCGAGCACGCGAGGAUCUACAGUACUUCAGCUCGCAGAUAGAAAAGGCGGGCCAGCACCGUGCGCAAGCGGCCGCUCAGCAACAGCAGCUUCAACAACAACACGCAGCGGCUCAAGCCAAGGCACAACAGCCUCACCCACCAGCCUCUGCGGCUACACAGCAUCCUCCGGCGCCUCCCCCGCAGCCGCAGGCUCAGGCCCAGAACAAGGCGCCCGCUCCACAGAGCCACCCACCUCCUGCGCCACCCAAGAUCUCGCAGACGCCGGUGCCCAUUCCUCAAAUCCCGCCUAUGGCUCGGCAUCCGCCGCAGCACAGUGGUGCGGCGCCCAAGUCGUAG